UGCAAGAACCCAGCCGCCUGCCUGUCUCCUGCUGUUACUGCUGUUCUGACUAGCUUUUCGCUGCCUCUUUGCCUCUCCUUUACUCUUUCUGCUUAGCUCCUUGCUUUCUGGUACCACUCCGGUAUGGAGGCCAAUCACUCUGUACAGCUCUCGGGGGAACCACAAUCAACACCUCCAGGGGACAAUUCUUCAUUACCCAGUCAGAAUGGGCUGGAGAAGCAAAAUGAUCAGGAUCCCGCCAGCCCACUCCAAGCACCAUCGAAGGAGGCAGAUGUGAAGCCUGAAACAGGAGCUCACGACAUCUCUGAAGAGUUGAACAGACAACUGGAAGACAUCAUUAACACGUACGGGUCUGCUGCCUGCACGGCAGGGAAGGAGCGCUCCACCAAGGCCAAGGAGCAGCCCGAGCACCCAGAACCAGCUGACAGCGAGGACAGGGACUGCGAGGAAGCCGCUGACGAGACGGAGAGAGAACCCGCGCCUCCUGGAGAGCCACCCACAGCCAAAGAGCCUGUCACCAAUAAAGAGCAAAAACUGGAAAAGAAAAUCCUAAAAGGAUUAGGCAAAGAAGCCAACCUGCUAAUGCAAAAUCUGAACAAGCUGCAAACACCGGAAGAAAAGCUUGACUUUUUACUCAAAAAGUAUGCUGAACUGCUGGACGAACAUCGCACUGAACAAAAGACGCUGAGGCUCCUACAAAAGAAACAAGUGCAAAUCCAGAAAGAAAAGGACCAGUUACAAAGUGAACACAGCAGAGCUGUCCUGGCGCGAAGCAAACUGGAGAGUCUGUGUCGGGAGCUGCAGAGACACAACAAGACACUGAAGGAGGAAACCCUUCAGCGGGCACGGGAGGAGGAAGAGAAAAGAAAGGAGAUCACGAAUCAUUUCCAGAGUACCCUGACAGAUAUCCAGGCCCAGAUUGAGCAGCAGAGUGAGCGGAAUAUGAAGCUGUGUCAGGAGAACACAGAGCUCGCAGAGAAACUGAAAAGCAUCAUUGAUCAGUAUGAGCUCAGGGAGGAGCAUUUGGACAAAAUAUUUAAACACAGAGAACUGCAGCAGAAGCUGGUCGAUGCAAAACUCGAGCAGGCGCAAGAAAUGAUGAAGGAAGCAGAGGAGCAACACAAACGUGAAAAGGAAUAUUUGCUGAACCAGGCCGCAGAGUGGAAACUUCAGGCCAAAGUGCUGAAGGAACAAGAGACAGUCCUGCAGGCUCAGCUCACCCUCUACUCGGGAAGGUUUGAGGAGUUCCAGAGCACACUGACAAAAAGCAACGAGGUGUUUGCCACUUUCAAACAGGAAAUGGAUAAAACGACUAAGAAGAUGAAGAAGCUGGAAAAGGACACGGCCACGUGGAAGGCCAGGUUCGAGAACUGUAACAAAGCUCUGUUGGACAUGAUUGAAGAGAAAGCAUUGAGAGCCAAAGAAUAUGAGUGCUUUGUGAUGAAAAUUGGGAGGCUAGAGAAUCUCUGCCGAGCUUUACAAGAAGAGAGAAACGAACUUUACAAAAAAAUCAGAGAAGCGAAAAUGCCUGAGGAUGACCAAGGUCAGCACACCUCCGACGAAGAGCCAGAGUCAAGGCUGGGUGAAGAGGCGGACGCAGAGAGCAGCAAUAGUGUUCACAGCGCUGUGAGAAAUCUGGCCACGGCCUUCAUGGUUACUCAUCAUUCAGAGCCGACCCUUGACCAGUCCAAAGAGUUGCAACCGGCACUCAGCGGUCCUCAAGGGGGCGGUGACAUGGCCCUCGAGGGGCCAGAGCACCCUUCUCUGCUCCCUCCAUGCCUUUCAGAGGGUCCCCUGCCUCCCCCAGCUCCUCAGGCUGAGGCUGAAGGGGGCAAUGAGGCAGAACCUCGCCCCAGGGCCACUAAUCUCCCUGUGGGGUCCGGAGCAGAGCCCCAAGACCAGGGUCUCUCCACUGGAGGACUGGCUGAUCAGCACCCCCUUCCGGAGGCAGAAGCUUCCGGUCAGGCCCCACAGGCCCCAGCAGAGGCCUCCUUCUGGGGGAGGGAGGCAAACGGUCCUGCCCCACCACCCCCAGCAGGAGAGCAAGUUCCAGCUGGGGUGCCUGGGUGUGAGCCCAGUAGGCCGCCACCACCAACGGCAGCAGCAGAGGGCCUGCCAGGAGGGGCCUCGGCUGGACCCCAGGUGCCCAACGUGGCCGACACCAACCUGGAGGAAGUAGACUAAGCCUCACGGUGCCUCCAGAGGCUGCUCUUCCUGACUUCACAUCUUCAGCAUGACAGACUCUUCUGAAAGAGGCAUUAGGGCCAGGGAUGUCUAAUGGAAGAGACUUAAUUAGAAUCAAAACAUUUUGAAAUGUUAUGCGGAGCACAUUCAGCUUUUGCUGUUUGUUCUCAAUUUAUAACUGAUUUGGAGCUUUUGAUUUAACACUGGUUGAUAGUAUAAUUUUCCCAAAUGGCAACAAAACGUGCUAACAGGAAAUUUGUAUUAAUUUGCCAUUAAGAUGGUACUUAAUUCAAUUUGUUAAUCAACAGUAAGAUUUAGUAUUUAAAGACAUCCAGUGCAAUAUAUAAAUACUGAAAAUGUGAUGUUAUAUUUAUUUCCAUAUAUAGUUUAACAAGUUCCAUAGUAUGUAAUAGAUGUCCAGGUUCCAUUUAAACAUUAUAUUCAUAAUAUAUGCAAA